CCGCCUCCGUGGCUGAUGCGCGUGUUUCCGGUUCUGGAGGCGGCGAUGGCGGCGGCGCUGGAGGACGGGGAGGUGCUGGAGUCCGACUCGGGCUCCGAGGCCGACAUGAGGGGCGGCCCCGAGCCUGGGCCCCGCGGGGAGCAGCAGAUCCAGCAAGCACAAGUUCCUAACUUAUCUGCGAGACCUUUGAGCACACAGAAUGAGGCUGCCGGUCGCCUGUCUUCAUAUGAUGUGAGGAGUCGGUACCGAACCACCGUGUCCGACGAUUCAAGUGAAGAUAGUGACUGUGACUCGGAAGAAGAGGACAGGCUUCAGUGGAAGAGGAAGAGGCAGAAGUGUUCAGACGAUGGGAAUAAUUUGCCUUUGAAACCUCCAGCUUUCCCUUUUGGUCCCUUUGGAGCGAGACAAAUUAAAACAGAAAACAAUGGUGAUACUUUGGGCCGCAAAGUGAACAACGUCUGGGGUGCAGUAUUGCAGGAGCAGAAUCAGGACGCUGUGGCCACGGAGCUAGGGAUUCUGGGAAUGGAAGGCAACAUUGACAUGAAUUCCCGGCAGUCUGAGACUUAUAAUUAUGCGCUGGCAAAGAAGAUGAUGGAGAAGCAGGAAGAAGAAGAAGAAUCCGCAGAGCUCGCAAAGCUGGAAGCUGAACUGGACGAAUAUGUGGAAGAGGGAAAGAGCACAAACCACGGAGCAAUUAGUCACGCAUACCUGAAACGCAAGCGUCCAGUCAAAGAGAGACUGGGCGAGAGGCUAGAGAUGGAACACAAGGGCAGAUAUGAGAUCACGGAGGAUGAUGGUUCAAACAAGAUUUCAGAGGAGAUUGCGUACAGGCUCCGAGAACCAAAGGCUGAUCUGAUUCAUCGGGUUGUGAAAAGCAUAGGCAAGAGGAAAGCAAUAGAGCUCCUGAUGGAAACCUCCGAGGUGGAACAGAAUGGCGGUAUUUUGACUAUGGACGGCAGUCGCCGAAGAACACCUGGUGGGGUCUACCUGAACUUACUGAAGAACAUGCCAAGCAUCACCCAUGAUCAAAUAAAGGAAAUUUUUUAUGAUGAAAAUCAGAAGUACAAUAACAGAAAGGCAGCUAAGAAACGAAGGCGACACCUUGUUGGAAAGAAGGUGAAACAGGCCAUUAAAGACCUUAAUCUACAAGUAGAUGAUGACACCUCUCGAGAGACUUUUGCCAGUGACACAAAUGAUGCUUUGGCUUCUGUUGAGGAUACAGAAGAACAUCACACAGAGAAGCCUGUAGAGGAUCCUGAAGAUGCAAUUGAGCUUGAUAAUAGUAAUGACCUUGAGAUUUUUUAAAAAUUUUGCGAAGUUGGAAAAACUAAAAAAAUGUGGAUAUUCCUUUCAGGCUGAAAAUGACAGUUGAAUAUUUUAAGCUACAUGGAGUUUGAAUGAACAUGCUAGUGAAGUGAUGUCAAUUUGUUGGAUUAAUGUUGAUUUUGAUUCAACGCACAGCGUUUCCAUCCAACUAUGUAGAUUGCUAGACUUCAUUGUUGUACUCCGUGGACUAGUACUAAAAUCUAAUGCAUUCCUGACAGAGAUGGCAGAAGAAAGUUUAGAACAGUUAGUUAUGUAACAUUGAUUUUAUAACUUGUUGAAUCCUUUACCCAUGUUGAAAUUUGUACCAUUUGGCCAAGUAAAUUUUCUUCAAUCUAUUGUGGGCUAUUUAUCCUCUUAAGCAUACAGCUUUUGAAAUUUACACGCAUUAUCAAUUCUAAUCUCAACAAAUUAAAUAAAUUGGUACAGAUGUAAUAAACAGUAUUGUAUGAGAAUGAGCCCAUUCCAACCCUUAGUAUAUAGCUUUCACCUGUUGGAUCCCGGUUUUACCAGUGGGUCUGUCAACACAAUGAUAAACCCAGGGCCUACUCCUAAUGUUUCCAGGGAGGUAAUAUUACACAGCUUAAGAAGCUUUUCAGAUGCACUGCAGCUGGAUCAUGUACAGUCAAUUCACUUUACGGUAUAUUCGAUGAAGCGUUUUGAGACGUCUAGAAGCGCUAUAUCAAAUGCAAGGAUUAUUUCUCAAGUCCAUUGCAGCUGGAUCAUGUACCAAUCCUGCAGAUUAGCUUCUCACCAAACAGUCAUGUGUAUUCAGAAAUAUUGAAGUUGUUUCUUACCAAAUACAGCACAAUCUCGAAGUCUAGUGUUAGGAGCCAGUUGAAGCUACCCAUGGAAAGAGCUGGUGAGAUGAGGGGAAAGCAUUUUUUAUUGACAAAAUUGUGUUCAGACAUUAAUAGUUGAUGUACAUUUAAUUGUUUCCUACUUUUUCUCCUUGAUCUCUCAAAUGUAUCAGACGCUUUUUAUAUUUGAAAAACAUUGCAGGUGAUUAGGAGGAAUAUGUUCCAGAGCAAGAUUUUCAUAAUUCUAAUUUUCACAAUUUUCAGGAUGCUUCAUUUCAAAGGAGAGAUCUUUCUAAGAAUGUAAAGUUUUUUUUUGUUUGCCACUCAGCAGCAUUUCAUUGCAUAGAGGAUGUAUGAUAUAAAGCUCAGCAUUGCAGCAAAUUUCAUCAUAUGCUACCGUGACUAUAUUUGCAUUAAAUAUCUGCUAGGAGGCAUGAGAAGGAGCUAUGUCUGUGUUUAAUUUGUUGUGGUUUUGUUUAGUAUAUUUCCUCCUAAAUCUGGAAACUUGUGUUUUUUUAAGAAAAUUAAUUGCACUCCUAGCAAAACAUUUUAACGUGCAUUUGAAACCCAUAAUGUUUUAAUUCAGUACAAUUUGAAUUGUAUUAGUUGGUACAAAACUGCUGGGUUUCAGGCACCUAGGAAGUGGUAAGUAUUCUGUUGAGAAACAAAUAAUGAAAAUAAUAAUAAUUAAAAUGGUAAAGCCAACAGCCAAUGUGAAAUUGUCCUAAUGCAAAGCAAGAAGGUGGGAAGUUUGAUCCCCUUUCUGUGCUGUUAGCUUAUCUCAACUGGGUAGGGAGUAGUGUUACAAUUAGUCUUGGUGCCCUUGUUGGGGAAGGAAAAACAAAAAAAUAGUCCAGGUUCCUGCUUCUGACCACUGUCCAAUGAUCUUUGUAGGAAAGUGUAAAUAAAUAGAUGAGAACUGGAUAAGGUUUGUCAGUCAUCCACUCUGAUCGUUUUUCCAACAUUAAGAAAGGCCACUUGGUCAAGGAUCGGGAGUAUGUGGAAAAGUACCCAGCAACAAUCUGCAAGUUUAUUGUUAUUCAACAAUGCAACUAGUUUAAAAGUUUUUAAAAAUAUUCAUUAAACCCAUCUAACUAGGUUUCUGACCAACACAUAACAAAGCAAUCAAUUUAAUGUCAAACUCCAUUUUUGUUUUCCCCCCAAUCAUGCUAAAAAGAAAUUUGGAAACAACACCACUUACCAUCCACAAAUGCUAGCAUAAUUUAAUAUCUUGCAUCUAUUUGUGGUGUUGGCAUUGGUCAUAGGUUUUCCACCUAUUUGAAACGCUUUUCAAUGACAAAUAUUCAAUUAACAAAAUGUAUUUUGGCUACCACUGAGUUAACUGGCUGGAGAUCUCAGCAGAUUAUGUUUAUGUAACUAUUGUUAACAGUGCUUGUGUUGAAUGAAUAAAUAAUGCUGUAUAACAUUGGAAUUAACUCAUUCUUAUCCAAUUUAUUCCCAAAACUUUAAUGUUCUUUGAACUAUUCAGAUAAACUGCUGGCUGUAAUUGCACGCACCAAAUCUGAAUGUUUCUUGACUGUUCUGUUUAAUGAGUUUAUAAUUUGUUUGUUUAACCAUUAAUUGUUUUUAAAUUAUUACAAUAGUUUAUCAAGAUUAUGUUUUGCUAUUAUGGCUAAAAUACAGUUUGGGUUCAUUGCGCACUGUUUUUCUGAACUUUGUUCUAAAUAUAGCAUGACAAUAAGGUGGGUAUUCUGGAAGGAUGAGAUCAAAUGGGCUGAAGAAUAUAUGGUGCCUAUAACAUUAAACAUCUCUAAGCACUUCA